AUGGUGCGCACCAUCGUUGUCCGGGUGGUGUGCAGCUUUCUGGUUUGGCUAUCCCUCUACAGCGCCAGCUGGUACCAGAACAAGCAUCGCACCCCAGAAUGGAGCGACAGGUUCGUCACCCUGAUUCACGGUCUGAUCGUCACUUUCCUUUCGGGCUACGUCGCUCUUAUUGACGGACCCUGGCCUUUGACUCAUCCAGGCCACCCGAACACCACGGCACAGAUCAACCUGCUUUGUCUGUCACUAGGAUAUUUCAUCUUUGAUUUUGGCUGGUGUGUCCAUUACAACAGCGAAGAUGAGCUGAUGCUCUAUCACCAUAUUUUGAGCAUCUUCGGCAUGGGUGGUGUCCUACUACUGGGCGAGUCAGGCAGUGAAGUCAAUGCCAUCAUCUUUGUGAGCGAGAUCACCAACCCUUUGCUCCAAAUCCGGUGGUUCCUUCGGGACACGGGACACUACCACAGCAUCGCCGGGGAUGUCGUGGAUGCUCUUUUUGUGCUUCUCUUCCUGGGGUUGCGAAUCAUUGGUGGAGUAUGGAUUGUGGAUGCCGUACUGAAUUCCUCCAAGCCAAACUGGGAGGUCAAGGCUGGUGUCCUCAUCAUGUACUUGGUGUCCAUAGUAUUUACAUGGGAUAUCUGCAGCUUUGCCAGGAAAAAACUAAUGAGCAAAUACUAUAGCUGGAGGAAUGAAAGAAAUAGAGGAGAACAUUCCAGCAGUAAUGGACAUGUGCUGGCACAUUGA